CUCCGCACGCCCACCCUUAAUUUUGAAAAGGAAAUGGAUUCUAAAGCAGAUACAUUUAAUGAGUCUGUGUCUUCAAUAUUAGAACGUAAAGUUCGAGGUUGGCUCAGUGGAGUUAUAGACGAUAUGAGACGAAGCAGUCCAGUUCAGCAGUGGCUGGAUUCUCUCCCAGCUGAUUCAGAGGCUGAAAGUCAAAACGAUCCAGAUAUUAUUGUAGAAAAAGAUUCUAAUCCUGAUGAACAAAUUCAAGAAUCAAAUACCAGAUCAGAUGAAAACAAAGUAGAUGAUUCUGUAACAGAAAAUACAGUGAUAGAAGCUACUCAAGAAACUUUACACGAGGACAAAAAUUUAGAUGUCCCUGGAUAUAGAGAGGGAUGGAAGAGAAAGUCUUUAGAAAGUGGACUACUUACGAGUACCCCUCAAUCUAGAAAUGUAAAAAAAAAACUUCAAAGGGACCACUCAGUGCAGUCUGAAGGCUAUCCGGCAAGGUUGAAAAACCCACUAUUCAGAGAUCAUUCUCUACAGUCAGAUGCAAGUGGAUCCAGUGGUAGUUCAGUUUUAAAUGUUUUAGGAGCUAGAAAAGUAGAUGCUGAGUCAGUACUGUUAGCACUUGGAUUUGGGCCAAGCGAAAAACAACAAAAAUUACAGCGGAUACCAGAUAGAUUCUUAGUGCCAUCGAAACUCAAAGGUAUUAGUACAGAACAGUUUAUAAAAGAUGAGCAACAUUCAAUGAGAAUGCACGAUUGUGGUGUCUUUGGAUAUAGAGGUCUUACAGGGAAUCCUCAUGUUCCACCGUCGACAAUUGUAGCUAAAAUAAUGGAUUGUAUCCUCCAAGACGAGGUGUGCCGCGAGGAAGCUUUGAUGAAGACACGUCACUCCAUCGCAGACUUGCGAAGUCCCGCCGCUGUACACGCACAUUUGACGUCUCGAUUGAAAAGCACUUGAUUUAAAUUGACAUUAAAAUAAAUGUAAAACGUAUUAAUUAUUCGUUUCAGAGCCUGGUAGGUCACAUUUUAAUUGAUGCUAACGUACCGGAAGUAAUUUGUAUUAGUGUAGUUAUUAGUAUUGUCGAAGAAGUUACUUAAAUGAUAUAUAUAAGAUUGAUAGGUGUGUCAUUCGAUUCAAAGAAUAGUCUUUACAGAUUUAUAUUAACAAUUAUAAUACGCAUCUCUGAUAUAUUAAAAAUUUAUUGAAUUCUAAUAUGUACUUACUGACUAUUCUACAUAGCGGGUUAAGUUAAAACUGCUACAGUGUUAAAUGAAAGAUUCUUACUUUGUGAUUAAUUGUUUAUCUGAAAGAUUAAAACCCAAGUCGUAAACAAUAUUAAUCGAGCUUAUAUGCGAGAUGUUUGAUAAAUAACCUAUAUAUUUUUCUUGUUUUCAAUAAAUAUAACGAUCAAAUUA